AGUAAUCAAACACUUUCAAAAUCACAUCUUUAUUCUCAUAUGUAUUCUUUGGAUUAAUAAUCAAAACCGAACCGCGGAUUAUACCCUGCUUAUAAAAAUAACAACAACUCUGGAUUCCCAAUGUCGGACAAAGUUGAGAAGUUGCGGAAACAGGCUCUUCGGGAGCAGCAAAAGCGCAUUAAGCCAGGAGAAUGCCUCAAAUACGUGCGGAUGAUUUUGGACGCAGGAUUUGUGGGCGAGGAGAUCCUCCAACAACUGGCGUCCACCGAUCUUAAGUACGAAAUCCGAUGUUUGCCCUUGAGCCACUGCAUCUUUUGGGAGCGCAACGUGGGUCAGCAAACGCUAGCCACCGGAACCACCAACACUGGACUGGAGGACGCCUGGCAGCGGGAGAACCAGGUGGUCCAAUGGCUACCCGAAUCCAGUUUCCUUCAGGCGGUGAAACGGCAGAACCUGGCCUGCAUUGGACCGAAAUUGCGGGAUGCUUUCCCAGAUUGUCAGUACACCGUGGUCCUUCCUAAGCUCCGCCACGGCAAGAAUAGCAGUUCCGCCAACCAGGACGCCCUAAUCGAGCUGCAGUUGCUGCAAGAACUGCAUGUGGAGCAGGUGGAUCGUCCCGAAUCCCAGAAUCUCUUGGCUUUUCUCCAAAGGUACACCAAGUCCAUUGCAGAGGCUCCAUACAAAAAACAGCGCAAUGAGUCUCUGGGAUGCUUCAAGAAGUACCUGGCCAACGACAAGAAGCAGUGCGUCCGCGUGGACCAGGGCAAUGGGUUUGGGCGCCUAUGGCAGCAACACCUGAAUCGGCUGCCGCUGGUCACCCUGGAGGUGGCCGAGUCCAUUAUAGCCCAGUAUCCUUGUCCAAAGAAGCUGCUGGACCACUUUUCCGACGACCCGGAUGCCGUGCAAACCCUAGCCGACAUGAAAAUACGUCGCUGCAACGGACCCCAGCCGCUUCAGACGGAACGGCGCAUAGGAAACGUCCUGAGCAACAAACUCCACACGCUGUACAACGCCCGGGAUCCGAAUACGCUAAUCUGAAACUACUGUCCACGGUUAC